GAAGAUCUGAAAAAUACGGAAGUGUUAUGACGGAAAUGCUGUUUACGUUUGAGUUGUAUUAUGAGUGUGUUUAGAUCGCACGCUAUAAAUACGCGUUAAUAUACAUAUAAGUGGACAAGAAAGCAAAGAAACUUUGACUGUGACUGCGAUUUAAUGGUAAACAACAGAUCCUGCUAGGAUGGAUGAUAUCUACACACUGCAGCAGGAAGUGGGCCGGGGAAGCUAUGGAGUGGUCUUCAAGGGGCGCGUGACUGAGACUGGCUGGUGGGGUGCAAAGGGUGACACAGUAGCCAUCAAACGCCUGCCAUGCUGUAGUCCAGAGAGCAUAGAGCUCUACCUGCAGGAACUAUGGGCUAUGAGAAUCACAGCACGAAACCACCCCAAUGUCAUCGCUCUCUACAACUGCCUCUUACAGACCGGCCCUCGAACACUGCAGCCCCUCAGAUCGAGCAGGCUGCCUUUGGAUCUGGUGGAGAGUGCUCUCAAAGGGAGAGUUGUGGACAAAGACUCCAAAACCCAAACGAGGAAUGCCUCCAGGUCAAAGAGGAGACUGAUUUCUAAAGAGGAGGUUCCCAGGCGCUGCUUUGCGCUAUGGUUGGUGAUGGAGUACUGUGAGGGUGGAGAUUUAGGCCAGUAUAUUCUGUCCAGGCCACCGGACGCUGAAUGCAAUAAUACCGUGGUUCGGCAGAUCUGCAGUGCCAUUGCGUUCCUGCAUGAGCAUGGGAUAGUGCACCGGGAUCUAAAGCCAGAUAAUGUUCUCGUCUGUCUAACUAAAGAGGGACCAGUCAUGAAGGUUGCAGACUUUGGCCUCAGUAAGAUGGUGGACAAUCCUACAGAUGGUGUUCAGAGCAGACUGGCUCUGUCCUCUACAUGCGGCUCAGACUUCUACAUGGCUCCAGAAGUUUGGGCAGGCCGUAGUUAUACAGCUCAGGCUGACAUCUUCUCUCUGGGUGUGCUUUUCUGGGCUGUGCUGGAGAGAAUCACUUUCUUAGAAGACGGCACCAAUCAAGAACAGCUGGGUGCAUAUGUGAUGCGGGGCCGCUGGCUCUCCCCAUUAGCAGAAGCACUGUGUGAGAAUCCAGACCUGCAGCUGAUCAUCCCUAUGAGGACUCGACGGGCUCCUCCACUGCCCCCUCCUCCAAACCCUUCCAUGUGUGAGCUUCUGCUGGACAUGCUGGAUGUUGACCCAGACGCCCGGCCCACCGCGGACCAGCUGGAGGAGAGAGUCCAGUGUGCUUUAAAGCUGCACUGAUCUAAACAUCAGGCUAAACAAACAGACUAUUACAAUUUUUUUUUUCAUUUUUGCUAAAUUGUACACCACAAAACAGGGAGAAAUCAACACAAGACCACUUAAUGUACUGAAAAACUUGAAGAUAAAGCAGAGGGAAGUUACUGAACAGAACAGCCUGGGUACUGUUCAUUUGUUUGAAAACUGAUAUUUAAAAAGAGAAAUAUGUGUUGAAAUAUAAUAAAAGGAUGACAUUUGCUAAUAUAGCUAUGGGAAUAAGAGAAUGAACUGAGAAUUUCCAAUUGGUAAUAGUUUGUCUAUUAGUUUCUCUGAAUUUACAAUUUAUAUUUACGUGUUUGAGUAAAAUGAAAUGUUGGUUUUGUUCUACUAACUACUCAUGAUUUAAUUUAAAAAUAAUUAAUUUAGAACAUUAAAAAAAUGUAUAAAAUAACUUCAGACAUUUAUAUUCAUUUUUACAAAGUUAAGAAAUCAGUGUUUGGAAUAACAUUUUAUAUACUGAUUUUGUCCAAUUGGCAUUUUCAAGGGGGGAGAUGGAAUAUAAUAUGGUUUUCUUAUUUAAAACAUGUUAUUAGAACAAAAACUUGUUUACAUUUUACUCAGACUUAUAUCCAGUAAAUACAUUUUCAAGUGGUCUCCUAAUUUUGUCCAUAGCUUUAGGUCUGAACAAUUGCAAAUGGUGAUAUGCAUUUCACAGUGGCUUGUGACUGUGAAAAAGUUAGUGGAAUAUUUUAGAUGUUGUUUGUUUUUAAUGAUAAAACUAAUUUAUAAAAUGCCACAGUUAACACUGCUGUUUUCCUUUUACAUAAACAUGCUGGUUACAUCA